UUGGUUUUUUUUAUUUCUUUUUUAUUUCUCCUGUACCUUUGGAUUUUUCUUCGGAGACUAGAUUUCGGAAGAAGGCUUUUCGGAAGCGGAGAGGCUGCAUGGGGAGUCCCUAACCGCCUGGAUGAAAUGAGAUCCCCGUGUAGAGAUUGCCAUGGAAACCUGUGACUCCUCUUCUUUCUUAUGGCAGGAAAAUGGGCAAAAGAUAUCAAAGCUAUGUGAAACGCCACAUCUUGAUAAUGAGGUGCCAGAGAAAGUCCCUGGGAUGGAGCCUGACAAGGAAAACAGCUCUGCGAAUGACAUCCUGAGGACGGACGAGAGCCGGCGAGAGACUGCGUUGGGAUCGAGUGCAGAGAAUGCGGCUGCCGCCCCGAGCGCCUCCACUAAAGAGAUCCCCUGCAACGAAUGUGCCACUUCUUUUUCAAGUUUACAAAAAUACAUGGAGCACCACUGCCCGAACGCCCGCCUCUCCCUUUUGAAGGACGAGAACGAGAGCGAGGUCAGCGACCUCGAGGACAGCGAUGUGGAAAACCUGACAGGAGAGAUAGUUUACCAGCCUGAUGGCUCAGCUUUCAUUCUUGAGGACUCCAAAGAAAGUAGUCAGAAUGCCCAGUCGGCUGUCAAAAGCCUCUUUACCCCGGCGCUGUUUUCAAACUCUCAAACUGCUGCCGGGGACAAGACUGAGCAGUCUGCCACUGCCCCCAUGUCCUUUUAUCCACAGGUAAUCAAUACCUUUCACAUUGCUUCGUCCCUCGGGAAACCAUUUACGGCCGAUAAGGCUUUCCCAAAUACCUCAGCAUUAGCAGGAGUCGGUCCUGUGUUGCACAGUUUCCGUGUCUAUGAUCUCCGACACAAGAGUGACAAAGACUAUCUUACCAUUGAUGGCGCAGCCAAAAACUCCUGUGUUUCCAAAGAUGUUCCUAACAAUGUGGACUUAUCCAAAUUUGAUGGUUGCGUAAGUGAUGGGAAGCGUAAACCCAUUUUGAUGUGUUUUUUGUGCAAGCUGUCUUUUGGUUAUAGUAGGUCAUUCGUAACCCAUGCUGUGCAUGAUCAUCGGAUGACCCUCAACGAAGAGGAGCAGAAGCUCCUUAGUAAUAAAUAUGUCUCUGCCAUCAUACAGGGCAUUGGUAAAGACAAAGAACCUCUUAUAAGCUUUCUGGAACCAAAAAAAUCUAAUUCUGUGUUACCCCACUUUUCUACUGCUAACUUCAUGGGUCCCGAUCCAGGCAUCCGCGGCCUGUGGAACGCCAUCCACGCGGAGAACGGCGAUUCUUUGCAUGCUGGUUUUGCUUUCUUAAAGGGAAGUGCCAGCUCGAUUUCCUCUGCAGAGCAUUCGCCCAGGAGGACCCAGAUGCCAAAGGCUGAUAUAAACCUUGGGGGCAUGCCCGCUUCAGUGCUCAAGUCUCCUGUCAGCUCUGCCCCCUUCCAUUGCUCGUCUCCGGGGGCUAGGGACCAGGAGAGCAACUGUGAGAGGCAGAAAGAUGCUAGCACUUUGCUUUCGAACGGGGAGCUCGCCGUUAAAAGUGAGCCUGGAGAUGCAGUCGAUGCAGAUGAGGAUGAAGAUAUGUACUUAAAUGAGAUUGAUGAUGAUGGUGUAGAUGAACUAGUGGACAAUACCAGUAGCAAAGAUUUUCCUCUCUUAAACCAAAGCAUUUCUCCUUUAUCGUCCAGUGUGCUAAAAUAUACUGAAAGAGGAAGCUCUUCUUCCUCUGUGACUGUUUCCGAUGACCUAGAGAAGCUGAAGAAGGCUGCUGCCAACAGGGACUGCGGCAGCGAUUCCGUUAACUGCAGCGGAGGCAGCAAAGAUUACAGUGACUUUAACGGGGGCAGAGAUGGCACGCCGCCGUCUCAUCCCCUCGACCUGAUGCGACGAGAUGACGAGAGUCCUCUGCAUCAGCAAAUUGCCACGCCCAGCACACCGGGCACUCCUGCUCCCGCAGAGGGCUCCCCGGGCAGUGGCAUUGAGUGCCCCAAGUGCGACACCGUGCUUGGGUCCUCCCGCUCCCUGGGCGGUCACAUGACCAUGAUGCACUCACGGAAUUCUUGCAAAACGCUCAAGUGCCCCAAGUGCAACUGGCACUACAAGUACCAGCAGACUCUGGAUGCGCACAUGAAGGAAAAGCACCCAGAGUCGGGCGGAUCCUGUGUGUACUGUCACACCGGGCAGGCUCAUCCGCGCCUGGCACGGGGUGAAAGUUACACCUGUGGCUACAAGCCAUUUCGAUGCGAGGUGUGCAACUACUCCACCACUACCAAAGGCAACCUCAGCAUACAUAUGCAGUCAGACAAGCAUCUUAACAAUGUCCAAACCUUGCAAAACGGUGGCUCGGAGCCCACCUACAACCAUGCUCCGCCAGUACCCAGUGGUGGCAUGGGAGGGUGUAGUGCACCCUCACCUUCCAAGCCUAAGCAGAAACCGACUUGGCGGUGCGAGGUGUGUGACUAUGAGACCAACGUGGCCCGAAACCUGCGCAUCCACAUGACCAGCGAGAAGCACAUGCACAACAUGAUGCUCCUGCAGCAGAACAUGAAGCAGAUCCAGCACAACCUGCACCUCGGCCUGGCGCCUGCCGAGGCGGAACUCUACCAGUACUACCUGGCCCAGAACAUCGGCCUGACCGGCAUGAAACUGGACAACCAUGCGGACCCACAGAUGAUGAUCAACCCCUUUCAGAUGGAUCCCAGUGCUGCAGCAGCUCUGGCUCCUGGGCUUUUGAACAAUGAGCUUCCGGCAGAGCUACGUCUUGCCGGCGGGCAGCUGAUGGCCGAGGACCUGUCCAUCCUCUCGGCCGGAGAACUCUCGGCCUGCGUCAAUGACCCGCUGCAGAAGCUUUUUCAGUGCGCCGUGUGCAACAAGUUCACCACGGACAGCCUGGAGAGCCUGAGCGCCCACGUGGCGGCCGAACGCCUGCUCCCGGAGGACGAGUGGAGGGCCGUGAUGGGUGACGUCUACCAGUGUAAGCUGUGCAACUACAACACGCAGCUCAAGGCCAACUUUCAGCUCCACUGCAAGACCGACAAGCACAUGCAGAAGUACCAGCUGGUGGCGCACAUUAAGGAAGGAGGGAAGGCUAACCAGUGGCGACUGAAAUGCAUUGCCAUUGGCAAUCCUGUACACCUGAAGUGCAACGCAUGCGACUACUACAGCAACAGCAUAGAAAAGCUGCGCCUACACACUGCCAACCAGAGGCACGAGCAAGCGCUCAAGCUGUACAAGCACUUGCAAAAACAGGAGAGCGCGUGCAGCUCGGAUUUGUGCUCCUUCUUCUGCGCGCUGUGUGACUACUCCAGCAAAGUCAAGCUGAACAUGGUGCAGCACCAGCGCUCUCUCAAGCACCAGCAGAACGAAGGACUGAGGAAGCUGCAGCUGCACCAGCAAGGACUGACGCUGGAUGAAGACAACCUUGUCGAGAUCUUCUUCAUCAAGGACGGACCUUUGGUUGAAACUGAGGAACCAGGUGAGGACAACGAGGGACCGAGACGAGCCUCCUCACUGGCUGCGGCCGAGGACAAAGACUCGAGCGGGAGAGAAAGCCAAGAGGGCAAAAGGACAGAGAAGGACUCCAGGGUUAAUCCGCUGGCUAAGGAAAGUUUAGAAAACGCAGCAGCUGGAAAGCGCGCCCUUCAACAGGAGAAGGAAAAUGACACUCCGCCCAAGAGGCCCAAAUCGGCCGAGGACAAAGCAGUGACCAAUGAGCAGGUGCAGCAGUGCCCGUACUGCAAUUACAGCAGCAAGGACGCAAACCGUCUGCAGCUGCACAUCAUGUCCCAGCAUUCCAUGCAGCCCAUCAUCUCCUGCCCCUUGUGUCAGGACAUCCUGAGCAACAAGAUUCACCUGCAGUUGCAUCUCACUCACCUUCACAGCGUGGCUCCGGACUGUGUGGAAAAGCUAAUCAUGGCGGUGGCAGGUCCAGAUGUUCCAGUGCCCAGUAAUUCGUUAAUACCUGUGCCAGUACAAGACAAACCCCAAUCUUUAAUGGACUCUUCAUCUGUUGCCCCUGAGGCAUCUGGCAAGCCACUAGGAAACCGCUCCAAGGAUUCAAAAAAUAGCUCAACCCCAGACAAAAAUGACCCCGAGCUUGCCAACGAAGAACUCAAGCCCCCCAAAGAGGCUGAAGAGGCUCCAGAUUGGAAAAAAGCCACCGGGCAGGACAGGAAGAGCCCUGACUCCUUGCAAGAACACCUGAACGACUUGCAAAAACGCCAGCAGCUCUCGGUGUCUGACCGGCACGUCUAUAAAUACCGCUGCAAUCACUGCAGCCUGGCUUUCAAGACGUUACAGAAGCUUCAGAUACAUUCCCAGUACCACGCUAUCCGGGCAGCCACCAUGUGUAGCCUGUGCCAGCGUAGCUUCAGGACAUUCCUCGCCCUCAAAAAGCACCUGGAGACCGGCCACCCAGAGCUUAGCGAAGCAGAAGUGCAGCAGCUGUGUGGAAGUCUACCUCUCAAUGGAGAUAUAACAGAAAGUGAAGCCAGAGCUCUGGAAGAGGCUCAUAUUCUAGAGCAGGAAAUGGAUAAAGAUGACGAGCUGGACCAAGAGGGGAAGGCAAGUCCCACUGGAAGUGACAGCAGUUCUUUGCUUGAUGACAUGGGUUCUGAACCAAAGCGGACUUUGCCUUUUAGAAAAGGUCCGAAUUUCACCAUGGAGAAGUUCUUAGACCCCUCUCGUCCAUACAAGUGCACCGUGUGCAAGGAGUCAUUUACCCAAAAGAACAUCCUUCUUGUUCAUUACAACUCUGUGUCACACUUGCACAAGCUAAAGAAAGUUCUCCAAGAAGCCUCAAGCCCAGUUCCUCAAGAAACCAGCAACAACGUUGACAACAAACCGUACAAAUGCAAUAUAUGUAACGUUGCUUAUAGUCAAAGCUCAACUCUGGAGAUUCAUAUGAGAUCAGUCCUUCAUCAAACUAAAGCCAGAACUGCCAAACUGGACUCAAGCAGCAGUACAGGAAGUGUUGGAAACGGAGCUGUACCAUCUACAAGCCCUGCUCCAGUCAGUCAGGGAAGCACAGAUUCUGUAACCGUACCAGUGUCGUCAAACAAAGAAAAUGCAUCAUCGAACAAAGAAAAUAACGUAGAUACCAAAGAAGUCAACGUCAAGCAAACUACUGAUCACAUCCCUGUUCAGCCAUCUCACCAGUCAGCCCUGUCACCAGCACAGCUCCAGAUGCAACUGCAACACGAGCUCCAGCAGCAGGCUGCCUUCUUUCAGCCACAGUUCCUGAACCCAGCGUUCUUCCCCCACUUCCCAAUGACACCAGAGGCACUGUUGCAAUUCCAACAACCACAGUUCCUCUUUCCCUUCUAUAUUCCUGGUACUGAGUUUAACAUCAGCCCCGAGCUGGCACUUCAUUCGGCUGCUUUUGGGAUGCCGGGCAUGACCGGAUCGUUCCUUGAGGAUCUGAAGCAGCAGAUGCAACAACAUCAACUAGGCCAACAGCAGCUCCAGCUUUCUCAGCAGCAAUCUCAACAGCAAGGCUCUCAGAUCCAACAGCAGCAAAAGGCCCAUAAGCCUAAGUCCGAGCCGAAUCACAUAGCCGUGUCGGAGAUUCAGAUGUUCAGGGAGGCUGAAGAGAACCUGGAGAAGCAAGAGAGUAAAUCGAAGCAAGAGUCUCUCGCAGAUCCUGAAAGUACUAAAGACAAAGAUGUCAAAAAGCCUAAAUUUCCAGAACCUUUAAUUCCCCCACCACGCAUCAUUUCUGGGGCAAGAGGUAAUGCUGCAAAAGCUCUACUAGAAAAUUUUGGCUUUGAACUGGUGAUUCAGUAUAAUGAAAAUAGACAAAAAUGCCAGAAAAAGAACAGAGAGGAAGAAAUCAACGACAAAUUAGAGUGCGGUAUGUGUGGAAAGUUCUUCUCCAACAUGCUUAUCCUCAAAAGCCACCAGGAACAUGUGCAUUCCCAGUUUUUUCCAUAUGUGGAGCUGGAGAAGUUUGCAAACCAGUACAGAGAGGCAUACGACAAGCUCUAUCCUAUAAAUCUACCAUCUCCGGAGACUCCUCCACCUCCUCCUCCGCCACCACCUCCACCACCUUCAGCACCCACAGCUCCAGCGCCCAUUCUUCCCACAACUGCAACAGUAGGGAAGGCACAGACACCAUCCCCAGUGCCCUUGCAAGCUCCAACACCACCACCACCGCCUCCUCCUCCACCUCCACCACCCAGCGCGCCUCCGCAGGUGCAGCUUCCUGUCUCCCUUGACUUGCCGAUUUUCCCACCGUUGAUGAUGCAACAUCCCGGGCUCCCGCCACAGCUCGCUCUUCAGCUUCCAACAAUGGACUCUUUAUCUUCUGACCUCACGCAGUUAUGUCAACAGCAACUGGGACUGGAUCCAAACUUCUUGCGGCAGUCCCAGUUCAAGCGUCCUCGCACCAGGAUCACAGACGACCAGCUGAAAAUCCUCCGUGCUUAUUUUGAUAUUAACAACUCUCCCAACGACGAUCAGAUACAAGAAAUGGCAGAAAAGUCCGGCCUUCCACUGAAAGUCAUCAAGCACUGGUUCCGUAACACUCUCUUCAAGGAGAGGCAGCGAAGCAAAGACUCUCCGUACAACUUCAGCAUUCCGCCCAUGACCACGCUGGAAGAUAUCAGGAUUGAACCCCAGUUUAAUGCUCUGGAAUACUAUAAGAGUGACUCUUCCUUGAACAAGAGAUCAUCAAGGACACGCUUUACAGAUUACCAAAUAAGAGUCCUCCAGGACUUUUUUGAUACUAAUGCCUAUCCUAAAGAUGAUGAGAUUGAGCAGCUUUCUACCGUUUUAAGUUUACCAACACGUGUCAUUGUAGUGUGGUUCCAAAACGCCCGCCAAAAGGCCAGAAAAAGCUACGAAAACCAAGCUGAUGCCAAGGACGCCGAAAAGAAAGAGCUUACAAAUGAGCGUUACAUUAGAACCACCAACAUGCAGUACCAGUGUAAGAAAUGCAGCGUGAUCUUUCCUCGAAUUUUUGACCUCAUCACCCAUCAAAAGAAGCAGUGCUACAAGGAUGAAGACGAUGAUGGUACAGAUGAAAACCAGUCUGAAGAGAACACAGAAAACAGUGAAUUGACCCCAGCAAAGCAACUUCCCCCAUUUACGGCAACCAGUUCAGGCUCCAGCUCCCCACUAAUACCGUCGCCUCGACCUGAUGUUGGGAAAACCUCCCCCAAACCUGAAAUGACCAGUGAAAAGUCAAAGCCGACUGAGAACGCUCCUUCACAAGCAACAAAAACAAUGACCGAUCCGAGACCGUCCAAAGCUUCCACUCCUCAACCUCCUCCACAGAAACCCCCUCAGCAGCAAAUGACGAGGCCCCACUCCCAACCUCAAUCUGCCACUGUCCCAUCCAGUCCUCUCUCCAUCGCUCUCUCCUCACUUACCAACAGUCUCCCCCCUCAGAUGUUACAGUACCAGUGUGACCAAUGCAAGAUUGCCUUACCGUCCAUAGAACUGUGGCAGGAACAUCAGCAUAUGCAUUUUCUCGCAGCCCAAAACCAGUUCCUGCAUUCACAGUUUCUAGAAAGGCCAUUGGAUAUGCCCUACAUGAUAUUCGACCCCAAUAACCCGUUAAUGACAGGUCAGCUGCUGUCUGGAGCACUUUCCCAGAUGCCAACACAGAGCAGCUCUGGUCUCGCAUCUGGAUCUGGUUCCUUGAAACGUAAAUUAGAUGAUAAAGAUGACGGCCAUGAUAAAGAAAGUGGAAACAGUGGUGAAGACCAGCACAGGGACAAACGCCUGAGAACCACUAUCACACCAGAGCAACUUGAGAUACUCUAUGACAAGUAUCUACUUGAUUCUAACCCUACACGGAAAAUGUUAGAUCACAUCGCUCAUGAAGUUGGACUAAAGAAAAGAGUCGUUCAGGUCUGGUUUCAGAAUACACGUGCCAGAGAAAGGAAAGGUCAAUUUAGAGCUGUUGGGCCAUCUCAGACUCAUAAAAAGUGCCCUUUUUGCCGGGCGCUCUUCAAGGCUAAGUCAGCCCUCGACAGCCACAUACGCUCAAGGCAUUGGCACGAGGCUAAACAAGCAGGCUUCAGUUUACCCCCAAGCCCACUGAUGCUUCAGGACGAGGGCGGCGAAAGUCCACAUAAAUACAGUUUUUUGGAAUAUCAACUGCUGCCUCCAAAGAAUGAGAUGAACGAGUGUGAGUUUCCUGCAGCAUCUUCCACCCCAGUUAAAUCAUCUGAAGCACAGAUAAAAAACUUCUUAAGCCCUUCAUCCUUGAAAGCAGAAAACAGUGAUGAAUUUGAAGGGCUUAAUAUGAAUUCUGCUGAGGUAUCUUGCGAUAAUAAGAUCGACUUUGAUGAGACUUCGUCAAUCAACACAGCCAUAAGUGAUGCAACAACUGGAGACGAAACUAAUAACGAGGUGGAGAAUUUUACAACCAACGGUGGAGAAAAACUAGGCGAGAGCAAAAUGAAUCCAGCGCAUAACUUAGAUGGAAACGACGAUAGAUUCCCUUUUAACAUGGUGAGCCCUGCCCUAAGUUUCUCUGGAAGAGACAGCGAGUCGUAUUUCAGUUCCAGAGACGACGACUUAGAUGAAAAUGCAGAUAGGAGCGAAACUUCAAGCUUGGCUGAUCCGAGCUCGCCUAGUCCAUUCGGAGGCAUGAAUUCUUUCAAGUACACAAAAGGUGCUGGAGAAAGACUGGGACACAAACGUUUUAGGACCCAGAUGAGCAACCUACAGCUUAAAGUUCUUAAAGCUUGCUUCAGUGACUAUCGCACUCCCACGAUGCAAGAGUGUGAGAUGCUGGGAAACGAAAUAGGACUCCCGAGACGUGUCAUCCAGGUUUGGUUUCAGAAUGCCCGUGCGAAGGAAAAGAAGUUCAAGAUAAACAUCGGAAAGCCAUUCAUGAUAAGCCAAGGGUCUCCUGAUGGCCCGAGAGCUGAAUGUACUUUAUGCUGCGUGAAGUACACAGCCAGACUUUCUAUCCGCGAUCACAUCUUCUCGAAGCAGCACAUCGCGAAGGUUCAAGAAACCCUGGGGAAUCAGGUGGACAGAGAGAAGGACUACCUUGCUCCGACCACAGUCCGCCAGCUUAUGGCUCAACAAGAGUUUGACCGUUUGAAGAAGGCAACCGACGUCCUUAGCUUGUCAGCCCAGCAGCAAUCCGCAGUGGACAGUAAUGCACUUCAUGGCCUUAGCCUGCCAACUGGCUACCCAGGAAUACCCGGCCUCCCACCAGUACUUCUUCCUGGAGUCAAUGGGCCAUCAUCCCUUCCAGGUUUUCCACCAAAUACACCUGCUUUAGCGUCUCCUGGUGCUGGCAUGCUUGGGUUCCCUACUCCAGCCACCCCUUCUCCUGCCAUGUCUCUCAGCAGCACCCCGACCAAGACUCUUCUGCAGACUCCUCCUCCUCCUCCUGGUCCUACUGUUCCUUCUGUUCCUCCUCUUCCUUUGGCAGCCAGUCAGACUGAGCAGCACAGCAAAGUAUCUGAGAAAGACAAGAAUUCGGAGAAGCCCGUGAAGGUCAAAGACAAAGAGGCAGAGACUUCCCGUCCUGACACUCUUAGCAAGAAAAAGAGGGAGAAGCCUUCACAGGCAUCGAUGGGAAAAGUCGGAAGUGAAGCUCAGAUGGACCUGGCUCAACUGCAAGCACUUCAGAAUGCCAUUGCUGGUGACCCGGGCGCCCUCUUAGGGGGACAGUUCUUGCCUUACUUCAUACCUGGCUUUGCGUCCUGCUUCUCGCCUCAGCUUCCCGGUGGAGUUCAGGGAGGAUACUUUCCUCCCUUCAGCGGAAUGGAGAACAUCUUUCCAUAUGGGCCGGCAAUCCCACAAGCCAUCACAGGCCUGUCCCCGAACGCCAUUCUACAGCACUACCAGCAGUACCAACAGUCUCUUCAGGACUCCCUGCAGAAGCAGCAGCAGAAGCAGCACGAGCAGCAGCGGAAAACUCCGCCUGUGAAGUCAGCAAGUGCGCAGAGCAACUCGUUUAAACCAAAAGAAGCUAUCGAGACUAAGGAUAAUAAAGGCUCUUCAACAGAAAGCACAAAAGAGGAACCACAGAAAAAAACCAAAAGUUCAGACUUUCCAGAUGCUUUUAUAAUUCCGUCCACCAAACAUGAGUUUAUAUGCAGAAAGUGCCAGAUGAUCUUUGCUGACGAAGAUUCAGCAGUCCGCCAUCAGAAGUCCUUCUGUUACUUCGGCCACACUUUUACUGACCCGCAAGAGACGGUGCUUCGCAAGGCCGUGAGCAUGUACAACUGCAUAGCCUGCAACGUGGCGGUUAGCGGGAACGAAGCACUGGGCCAACAUCUUCAGUCGAGCUUGCACAAAGAGAAAACAAUCAAACAAGCAAUGAGAAAUGCCAAAGAGCAUGCUAGAUUAUUACCUCACUCAGUCUGCUCCCCUAAUCCUAACACCACAUCUACCUCGCAGUCUGCAGCUUCUUCUAAUAACACCCUUCCUCAUCUCUCUCGCUUGUCCGUGAAGUCCUGGCCAAAUAUCCUUUUCCAGACUUCAGCCAGGAAAGCUGCUUCCUCCCCAUCUGCUUCUCCUCCUCCCCUUUCCUUGCCUUCAACGGUUACCUCAACUUCGUGCAGCACCUCAGGGGUUCCAACCUCGCUACCCACCGAAAGUUGUUCAGACGAAUCUGACAGUGAGUUAAGCCAGAAGCUGGAUGACUUAGAUAACUCGUUGGAGGUCAAGGCUAAAGCCACCCCUGGCCUAGAUGCCAAUUUCAAUAGUAUCAGAAUGGACAUGUUUAGUGUGUAGGAGUGAAAGUGAAAACAGGAUCCCUUAAAUGAAAAAAAUAAAAGACUUUUUAACCGCAGUUCCAAAGUUUCUCUAACCCAAAAAAAAUUACAGUACCAAAUGAUUGACUCAGGAUUGUUUUUCCCAUAUUGAUAUGCUGGCAAGAUAUUGAUUGAUUUUUGUUAUGGACAGAACUGUUGCAGAUGCUUGACUGAGCUUAUAUUGUAUACAAAAAAUGAGUAGGAAAAAAAUCUCACAAGCUCUUUUGGAGCUUGUUUCAAGCCAAAAACUCUCACGAUAGCAAAUUGCACCUCAGCUGGAUUGAUUUCCUAAUGCUAGCAUGUACUGUAUGGGAUGAUGAUCCAGAACUUUCAAAGAGAAUUUCUCUUAGUUUAGAUAGGUGUGAUCCAGUAGCUUUAAAUUCUCAGGUCAGAACAUAACAUUUCUCAUUUGUUGAAGCAGCAAAGAAGCCUGGUGAACACGUGGCUUUAACCAAAACUUGUCGAGCUUUAUCGGACACAUUUUCUUGAUGUGUGUAGUGUACCAAGAGACAAUAUAACUGUUACAGGACACAUACAUAUCCUUUUAGUUUGGUACGGUUUUACCACUGAGGGAACUUCCAAGAGUGAAUUAUGUGUACGCCCCUGUGUUUUGCCAGUUUUACCACAAGAUCUAUUUAUACCCAGGACCCCUUUUUUUUCCUUGUGUAAUAUACUAAUAAUCUGUGCCAACUUACCCUCUUGCUUUUACCUCUUGACCACACCUGUUUCUGAAGAGGUAAUAAUCCUAGUUUUGAUAGUAUCUCGACGAUUAUGUGAAUAGGACGUUUUUCAUUUCAUUUGUGAAUUGCUAUACUGUUACGGUACUUGCUCGUGUCUGGACAAUAGUGCACUUAUUUUAUUUUAGGCCAUGUGUAUAUUAUUAAUUUAAUAGAUACAUUUGUUUCGUCUGUUCGUUCGUUUAAUUAUUAUUUGUGUGUAGUGCAGCAACAGAUCGGUCCACAUUUGUUAGCCCUGAUGCCUAACAAUCCGGAGACCUGUUUAAUAAUUGGUGCAUCCAUGAAAGUAGUACUGUAUACUUGAAACUGUUAAAGUGCAAGUGGGACAAAUUAUUUUAAAAAACGGUAUAACGGUAUAAACAUUUUGCUUCUUGUAAGCAAGAAAGCUGCUUUUUUUUUUUAAGAAAAAGGGGACAAAGCAUUGGUUUUGUAUAAAGAAAAGAAAAGAUUCUCUGUACUUAUACAACUGAAAACAGUGUUACCUUUAUACACUGCUGUUAGGUACGUAGGUUAUACAUAAAUAUUCUACAGUACUUCAAUUCUACUCUGGACACUUCUGUUGUUCCGUCAUACAACUCACCAUUGAGGUUUUUGUCUUUUGCCUGUUGUUGUUUUUUUUUUAUUUGUUCUUUGUUUUUCUGUCAUAUUUUAGUCAUAUAUGCAUUACGAAGUAUUAUCCUAUAACGCCGUUUUGCUGCUACUGUGUAAUGUUAUUUUGCUCGCCAUAAAUUCUGUUCAUCCCAUCGCAGAUAAUCGAAUCACGAACUGCUUCGCUUUGUCUAGAUUUUUCUUCCUUCCUUUCUUCUUUUUUAGUGCAACUUAAAGAAUGUGAAACACUCUUUGUUCAAUUUUUACGAAUCACUUUCUCUUUUCGUUCGGUAAAGUCGGCUAACGUGAUUCAUUCCAAAGUAACAGAAGGCUGUUUGUAUGAAUUGUAUGAAAGUUAAAGGCUUGUGAACAAAGAAAGAUAAGCUGUUGUACAUAUUCGUAGUUGGCUGUGCAUGGUAAAAAUUUAUUAAUAUGAAGAAAUGCAAAAAUGUAUUGCUUUUGGUAUUU